AUGUCGGUUGCUCACAGUCUUCUGGAAUACAAAGAUUCUAAUGGAAAAGUGUACGAAGGAGAGCUCUACGUUCCUCGGUGAGUUUUCGUUCGUUUCCACCUCCGUGCCGUUCUGAAAAUAGAACUGCAGAAAAUCCAGCAGCUGUCUCUUUUAUUCUCCUUCCUCAUUCGGGUAAUUUACUGUAGUCUAUUUGUUCUGUGUUUGGUUUUUGAUCGGUGUCGUUUCAAUGAACUUUUGAGUGCCAAGGAGUAAACAAUAAACAAUUGCAGAACGACGGGAAUGAGAAAACUGCCAGGAGUCGUUGUUUUUUCCGCUUUUCGAGGAAUCACCGCGUUCGAGAAGGAAAAGGCGAAGGCGUUGGCGCAGGUAAACGAAAAUAAGCUAGCAUUCCACGAAGAGAGCAUUUCCAGGAAGGGUACAUUGCUCUGGCGGCCGAUCCGUUCGGAAAGGGAAUCCGUCCGACCGCAGCCAGCGACUGCUUCGCCAUCGUUCGGCCUCUGGUCUCGGAUAGAGUUCAGAACUUGAAACCUGUGAUCGUCGCGGCUGUUGAGGCAAUUAAGACUGUGCACGGGAUUGAUUCUCACAAAUUGGGAGCCAUUGGAUUCUGCUUCGGUGGAGCGUGCGUCCUGGACCUUGCCAGGUAUCACGUCGACCUCAAGGCCGUCGUCUCUUUCCACGGAACUCUUAAGCCACUGCCCGAUGUUCAAUUGGAUCCAAUAGUCGGAACAGUCAUUCAAGCUCAUCACGGAGACGCGGAUUCGCAUAUUCCGAAGGAGCAAGUGGACGAGUUUCACGUGGAAAUGAGGGCCCGGAAGGCAGACUUCGUGUUCGUGAGUCACGCCUUCGCGGAGCACGGAUUCACGGAGCCAGGUCGGAGAUCUAAAAGAACUGAAAAAAGGAAUAAGAUGCACUUUUUCAGAUGCUGAUUCGUUCGGACUUCCCGGCGUCAAAUACAACGAGAAGGCGGCAAAACGGUCGUGGAGAGAGACUCUCGCACUUUUCAAAGAAGUCUUCUGA